GAUGGAACAUCAGAACGUGGUUGUUGUGCUGAACAUUGUCAUUGCCUUGUUACAAGUACGUAUAAUUUUUAUAUCAUAAUUCCGGAUAUCUUUUUUACAAAAUUAUCAACGUGUGUGUGUGAAAUAAUUAAUCACAGAAACAACAGAAGGCUAUAAAAAUAUAACAAAAGUGAAAUUCCAUUUAUAUCUUUUUGAAUCAUUUUUACGACUAAAUAAUAUACUUUCCAGUUGUUAAGCAAAUUUUUCAAUUGUCUAAGAAAAAGUUGAUAUUACGAUUUUUUACUAAAAAUCUUUCUUAAAAUAACAAAAGCUUUUUCCGUUUAAUGUGUAAAAUAUGACGUUGAGAAUUUUUAUCAAAACAAACGAAGACGAGCUUGGAAUACAAGAACAGAGCUAAAAUCUUUGGUUUUCAAGCUACGAGCCGCAUAAUCUUCAAAAGCAAAUUGAACGAAACUCAUUUUAUCGAGUAGUUUGAUUGCAAGGCUUGGACAAGGUGGAACAAUACGGUGACACGGUAGACUGCUUCUAAAACUUAAACUGGCCGACCAUCUUUGUAGCCGUGGGUCACUGGCUUGUCGGAAAUCUCAAAGCGAGCGUCAGCCUUUGAUUACAGAGGAGCCUUUCGACCUCCUGAGCAUCGGACAGAUUAGAUACCGUUUGAAUUGAAAAUAAUUGUUUUACGCUCGCUUCCUUUAUUCCUUACGUAUCUCGUUGGAAUCUCUCAUCGCUGGAAAGGAAAAUAUUAACGUAGCCCACGCAACAGUAAAGAACGGAACUUGUUGGCUAUGUUUGAAAAGAAUGUUUGAAAAGAAGCAUUGGUUUGCGCUGUAAAAGGGAACGGUAAUUUCUCUGAAUAGCGUUGAGUGCAUCUGAGAAUUACUGUUUGAAAAAUUGAACACCGUCGAAAUCUCGCAGGAACUUUACAAAGGACAUGAACAUCGAACUAAAUUCAAAAGUAAUAAUGAUCGAUUUCGAUACAAUUCUUACAGUGUUUCAAUAAUUUAACACGCGAAGUGAAAUGUUUUGUCUUCUUUUCUAUUUUUUAAUUGAAAAUAUCUCAACGCACACGUAUAAUUUUAAAUACAAGUUUCUCAUUAUACAGAAUAGUUCGUAACUGGUGGUAUAAUUCUACGGGGGGGAACAAUUUCCUUCAUCCUCGAGAAUUCACUCUGAAGUUUUACCUAGCUUAUCUGGCUUGUUUUUAUUUAUGAAGUUACAAUCGUUGUCCAAGUGAAAGAAAAGAUUGUUUCCGCGUUUGACAGAAUGUUCGUAGGAACUUCAAAAAAAAAAAAAAAAAAAAAAAAAAAGAAUUGACCAUCAUGAGAAACAUAUCCAAGGAUAUUAAACUUUUAGAAGUAAUAAAAUUUCAACGCAUUUCCGUGACAUUGAAAAAAUAUUUAUAAAUACAAGUAUUGACUUCGUAAUAUUAAUUCACUACGAGAUAAGAUUGGAAAGUCAAGCCGUACUUAAAUGUAUAGUGCCAGAUAAAAUGUCAGAGUUGUUUUUCUCGAAACGAAACAAUUUUCCUCUUUCUCUUUUCUUCUAUAUCCGAUUGUGAUGCAGUUACGAACCACCUUGUAUUUGAAAGAACGAAGAAAGGGAAUCGAAAUUUCUUCGUACUUCAUAGAGUCAGAAAUAACGAAACUUUAAUGUGCCAUUUGUAAGGUGUUCAACGUCCACAGUGAUUCCGGCCAAUGGGAUGUUUCUUUAUCGAGAAGCUGGAGAUUACCUAUCAAUCAAUACGACGCAAAGGUAGACACUAAACAAUCCACGAGGCAGAUGAACAACGCCGAAAGCGGUAUCGUGUUCCCCGAUACCGAUGUCAAGUCAAUGAGAAUGAAAACGGCAGCGGUACCUUCUUGUCAAGAGCAAACCUUCUGCGAGGAUGUUCCAAAUUACCCUUCGAAUUUGGUGAAAGAAAUUAUUAGCAAAAAUCCGCAUCUUAAAAGUUAUAAAACCGUCGACAUGGACUUACGAAUAAUAAUUCGCUCUCCUACGAAUCUUUUCGAUUUCCGUCCAGUUGUUGCUGUCACGUUAAAUUUGUCGGCACCUCAAUACGAUUCGGCCAAAUAGACGUUCAAUCAGACAACACCAAUUGA